AUGAAACAAAAGACUCCUCGAAUCCCCCGUCGUCUUCUGGUGGAACCGACAUUCGAAUCUCUUCAACCAACACUUUUACUCGAAAAGGAAGUAAACUCAAAAAUUAUCAAACAAGAGAUUCCACGAAUGCGCCGUCGUCUUCUGGUGGAACCGACAUUCGAAUCUAUUCACCCAACACUUUUACUCGAAAAGGAAGUAAACUCAAAAAUUAUUAAACAAGAGAUUCCUCGAAUGCGCCGUCGUCGUCUGGUGGAACCGACAUUCGAAUCUCUUCACCCAACAAUUUUACUCGAAAUGGAAGAAAGCACAACAAUUAUGAAACAAAGGAUUCCUCGAAUCCCCUGUCGUCUUCUGGUGGAACAGACAUUCGAAUCUCUUCAACCAACACUUUUACUCGAAAUGGAAGUAAGCUCGAAAAUUAUCAAACAAGAGAUUCCUCGAAUCCGCCGUCGUCUUCUGGUGGAACCGACAUUCGAAUCUCUUCUAUCAACACUUUUACUCGAAAUGGAAGUAAGCACAACAAUUAUGAAAGAAAAGAUUCCUCGAAUCCCCCGUCGUCUUCUGGUGGAACCGACAUUCGAAGCUCUUCACCCAACACUUUUACUCGAAAUGGAAUUAAACUCAAAAAUUAUCAAACAAGAGAUUCCUCGAAUCCGCCGUCGUAUUCUGGUGGAACCGACAUUCGAAUCUCUUCUCUCAACACUUUUACUCGAAAUGGAAGUAAGCAAAACAAUUAUGAAACAAAAGAUUCCUCGAAUCCCCCGUCGUCUUCUGGUUGAACGACAUUCGAAACUCUUCAACCAACACUUUUACUCGAAAUGGAAGUAA